UUAACAAUUUAAGAUCAACGGCUCGUACAAGUAUCAGCGAAAGAGAGAGUGAGCUUCGAAAUCGAACCGACACUUUUCGCGAUGAAGGAGGGCGACGCCUUGCCGACGACGGCGAAUUCGAAGAAGGAACACUCCGAAACCGUGUUGUUCGGAAGAGGUCGUUACAAGUUCUACGCGUUUGCUGCUCUCUUGCUUCUAGCAUUUUGGUCGAUGUUCACGGGAACUGUCACUCUCCGGUUAUCCACGGGUAAUCUGAACCGGUUAUCUGAAGAUCUCGGGGUUCGAAACUACGAUCACCUCGACGCUCUGGAAAUGGAGAAGAGGGAGAGAGUGGUGAAGCGUAUGUGGGAUGUGUACACUAACAGUCGUCGGAUCAAGUUGCCUCAGUUUUGGCAAGAGGCGUUCGUUGCUGCUUAUGAAGAGCUUACUAGUGAUGUACCUGGGGUUAGAGAUGCUGCUAUUGGUGAAAUCGCGAAGAUGUCGGUUCAGUCUAUCAAUCUUGAUUCGAAUCCUUCCCGAUCUAUGAGCGCAAGGGGUCUGGGAAGAAGCUUCAAGAAGAUUCUACACAAGCCAGCAGCAAGUAGCUGAUGCUAAUGAUAUGAUAUAACACACGUUUCACAUAUAAAAACCCAAGUUCAUUUCUACUUGCUGAAGCCAAAAAGAUGAUCCUUUUGAAUUCCAUCGAUUGGUAGUUACAUACAAAUACAUUUAUGAUAUGCAAUAACAUGGGAUCCUUGUGUUAUACUUUCAUAUGUAAUGCAAACACAAUCGAACUCUGAAGUUUAAUAAAUCUUGAAGAAAAUAUUAUUUUUCACGCUC